CCUAAAUAAUUAAAAUUAUCGUUAUUCUAGAAGAUCACAAAAUUCAAUUUAUGUAGCACCACAUGCGCACAGUAUCAACUAUUCAUUUGGUUUAAAACCGUGAAUCAGACGUAUCUAGGCAGUCUGAACACUACACGUAAUUAGGUCACACAAAGCACUUCUGUGACCUAGUUCUGUAACGAGGCACAGGCAUUUUUGCAUUGAUCGGUGACAGAAGCUAGGUUGGGCGAUCACAAAAAUCCUAUCCCUAUGGCGGUUAAACAGCAGUGUUAUUAAGGAAACCGUGACAAAUUUUCCCUCAGAUGUGAUGGAGGAACAACUCACUUGCUUAAUCUGCUAUGAGAUAGCCGACAAUGCAGUGGAAACUAGCUGCUGUCACCAUAUUUUUUGUGAAAAUUGUUUGUCUUCAGUUGGUAGUAAUAACUGUCCAAAUUGUAGGAAACAUUUUCAGUCCGUAGUGGCCCAUUUUGCACGGCGAGUCAUAGGAAACAUGCAGUCACAGUGCCCAAUGGGAUGCGGGCUCACGGUGUCCCGAUCUGAAAUGAAUGAACACAUUGCCCGCUGUCCGAGAAGAAUGCUGGAAUGUCCAAGUACAUCAUGUAAGUUCAGCGGCCCGAGAGACGACUUUAUUCACCACAUUGGUGACGUUCAUCGAGAUAUAUUACUGGCCAAGGCAGAGCGUUUGUUUGAACCCGAACCAAAAGGAGCAACUAACAUUCAGCAGGGACAAGUUUGUCGUGUGGAAAGAUCAAGAAAUCGCAGAAAUCACGAGGCUCGUCUUGGGUCUACUGGUAAAUACUACUGCAGCCAAAGGUUGAAUGGUCAUUGUCGGUGUUGUAAUGGUUACUGUGGUCCGACCAAUGGGUGUAACUGUGAAGCCUGUAUGAAGUUGGAUGUGGAGGGGCGUUGUCUUCCCCGGGGAUGGCUCGUGAACUCUGAUGGUGCAGCAGCUAGGGUCGGCCCAGAGACGGGACAUUUUUAUUGUGGCCGAAGAGUGCUGGUAGGGGUGCGAGGGUGUGAUGGCUACUGUGGACCCACUAACGGACCGAGUUGUGAAGCCUGCAAAAAACUAGAUACCCAAGCUCGAGAUAGGUAUUCUUCAGUCUGGAUGUAAAAAUAACGCACAAGAUGAUGUGUUUUUGUUUUGUGACGAUUGUGAAUUGACUUAAACCCUGCUAAGCAUCAGUGAUUGUGCUGUUAAGUAUGAUUUGCAGAAUAAGGUAUUUGAGAAGAUUAGCGUCUUGUUUUUGACGACUUAUGACUUGUGUUGACUUAUGCUAAUCGUCUGUGAUUGAACUAUAGUGUAAAAUUCUAAGAAAAAGCUGUAUGUUGUGGAGAUUCCUGUUGUUUUUUGCAUGAAAUCAGCACUACAUGUAUCUAUUUAGGCACAAUUAAAUCAGAAUAAAAUACACAUAAUCAGGAUGAA